GGGAUCUCAUUCGGCGAUCGAGUCUGGGGUUCUUAGGAAAAGCGAAAAUACGAACUUUGAAAAUGACCAUCAUAAUUGUUAUGACAUUUUUUAUUUGCUGGACUCCAUACUAUGUGAUGAGCGUGUGGUACUGGAGCGAUCGGGAAAAGGCGGAGAAAGUCAAUCCUAUGAUACAAAAGGGUCUGUUCCUUUUUGCUUGUACAAAUUCGUGUAUGAAUCCAAUAGUAUACGGCAUGUUCAACAUAAGACCUUCAAGGCGCGGCCGCGAUCAGGUGAGGCCUAGACUGCAACUAUUACGCUUGGGAAGUAGCCGACUUUCAACUCCAACCAUACAAACGCCGUUAUCCGAACUAAAUAUCUCUCUGAAAAUUGUGAAAUAAUCUCCUCGAUUCAUGUUUUAUGUUUGUAUCUUAUUUUUUAUUUAUAUAAGCCGUCAUAUCACAUUAGUUUUGUACUCAUCGCUGCCGUUACAGAUCUCAUACACACGCACUAUUUUUAAUUUUGUACAUAAAAAUAAAAUAUG